UCUCCUCUCAAGGCUUCCCCGCCAAGCUUUACGCUAAAGCUUAUUGAAAAUUUUGAGAACCCGCCAACGCCACAACCCAAACGGGAAGAGACGGAGAGAAGCAGAUUUCACCUCUCUUCUGAGAAGUUGAUUCCAGCAAACGCCUUUGGUUCAGUAAUGGAGGUGGGCCUUCAAUACUCUCCGAAACCUGGAUGUCCAGCAGAGGAUGAUGAUUUGAAGUAUGUAUCUAAGCUUAGUACUAUACUGGUUGCAACAAUUCAGGAAGCAAAGGACAGGAUUUCCCAGAUAGAGUAUAUAUUUUGCAGUCAGCUCUACUCUAAUUUUCAAAUGAAAUCUAAAAGCUUGCAGAAACUUUAUUUGGAAGCUAAAAAAGAAGCGGAAGAUUCAUGGAAAGAGAAGGAGAAAAAUCUUCAACUCCAGAUUGAAAAACUUCUGCUUGAAAAGCAAGAAUUGCUUGAGGAAAAGCUUGAGAAGGAAAAGUCUUUAGGGGAGUUGGACAACAAGAUAAACUCUCUAGUUCUCAAAGAAACAAGUCUACAAGUUAGAGUUGAUGAACUAGAACAGAAGGUUAGGGAGAAGUCCAAGGAAGUUGAUGAUGGAAUGGAAUUGCAUAAUAGAUUACUUCAAUUGGUCCAAACGAAAUCAUCUAUGAUAUUGGAGAAGGAAAAGCAACUGAAUGAUUAUGAAGAAAAGACUAAUGGGUUGCUUGCCAAAUUGAAGAGCUUAGAGAAAAAGGUUGAAGAGCUGGAAGGUGAGCUUAAACGGGAGACUUUAAAGGUAGCAGAAAAGAAAGAGAUAGAGAAAGACUUGUUAAAAAGGAUCAAUUCCUUAUUAUCACAUUUGUCAGAUAGUGCUGAAAAAUCGGAAAGGUUGGAGGAGGAUGUUAGCAAACUGCAAAGGCAGCUACAGAAAAAGACAGAAGAAGUUGAAGAGGGAAGAGUGUCAAAAGCACAACUGCUUCAACAGAUUGAUAUGGAUAAGUUGGACAUCUUGAAGCAAAAACAACAGUUAGAGAAGUCUGAGAAUGACAAAAAACUGCUCCUGGAGACAGUAAAUGCUUUAGAGGAGAAGAUGAAUGAGCUCAAGGAAAACCUUAGCAGCUGCAGCAAGGUUGCUGAGGAAAAGGAUUCAUAUGAAAAGCGGCUUCAGCAAAUUGCAUUAAAAGAGACUCAGUUACUGGCUGAGAAGAAGAAGACAAAGAAUAUCUUUGAUGCGUACAAAAGGUUGAAGUCUCAAUACAAAUUUCUCUGUGCAAAGAGUGGCCUUACUGAGGAGAACAUGCUUCCUCAAAUCAAAUUAGUAGCUGAAAUUGGCUCAAUAAUGCAUCAAAAUAAUCUAACAACUUCUCCCGAUUUUGCUAGCAGACAUCCAGAUACUUCUACAGCUGCUUGUGAGAUCAAGAAAGUGAAGAUUGAAAAUGACGUCAGUGAUCUGUUGGAGGAAGAUAAAGUAGUCAAAUCAAUUCCGACACCAAGCAUCCAUUCUCCUUCAUCCAUUCAUAUUGCUCCAAAAUGCCUUCCUACUGCAAAAUCUGCUCCUGUUAUUGGUACAAAGCGGCCUGCAUCUCGUUGGAUAGCUACUAGGUCUCAUCAAAACAGAGACGGUCCUGACCCUCAUGAUGAUUUCCUGAAUACCCCCCUUCAGAACCUUAGAAGGACCUUGAAUAAAACCAUGGAGGAAGAUCAUGAUCUUCAAAUUCCAAUUCCAGUUCAGAAAGAUUUGCAUUCUGAUAGUUCAGAUGAUGAAACGCAGGACAUGAAUGUUGUCCCUAGCCCAGAAAAGCAGCAGAUGCCACUUUCAAUGGCUGGCCAAAAAAGUUUCAAGUAUGUUGAACCAGUUAGAAAGAAAGCUGAGCGGGAUAAUUUGAAAGGAGUUGAAUGCAAACAGUGCAAGAAAUUCUAUGAUGCAGUUCUUCCUAAUGGAGGCAAGGAUGCUGAUGGUAAUAAACAGAAUUUCCGUUGUGAGCAUCAUGAUGGUGUUUCUAGACAUAGGUAUAAGUAUGUUCCGCCUUUGACUCCCGAAGGAUUUUGGAAUAUUGGAUUUGAAUCUGAAAUGUGAACUUGACUUUGGAACUUCUUUACUGAAUGAUCUGUUGUUGACAGUUCCAUUACGAGAAUUUGAGGUUUCAAGUAACCAACAUGGUAACUAACUGAGAAUUGUAAUAAAGGUAAUGUUUAGUCACU